AUGGAUGGCGAAGGGCUUUGGCUCUGGAGGCAUGACCCGACUACUAGUGAGGAACUUUCUGAAUGGCAGGCGUUAUCCGCUGCCUUGGUUUCGGUCUCGCUCUCUUCAGGUAAGGAUAGUUGGUCGUGGUUGGGAGCCGGGCCGAAGGGGUAUUCGGUUGCGGCUGUGAAACGGCUCAUCAGUUCCUCACGUGACUUUAGUGACCGUUACGUGAUGGAAUGGUGUAGGUGGGUUCCCAAAAAGUGCAACAUUUUCGCGUGGCGUGCCGAUUUAAACAGAAUUCCUACGUGUGAUGCUCUCGGAAGUAGGGGUGUUGCGGUGAUAGACGACUUGUGCAGCCUCUGUGGUGACGGGUUAGAAACGGUUUCUCACAUUUUCUCGGCUUGUCGGAUAUCUUUGGGAGUGUGGGAGAAAGUUAGUCUCUGGUGCCGGAUUCCGAGAUUCUUCAUAUUUUCGUUCAGAGAUUUAAUCGAGUUACACAAUGUGGGGGUUUACAACAAAGCGGUUCGUGUGGCCCUCCAUGGGAUUGUGGUUACGACUUGUUGGAUGCUGUGGAAAGCGAGAAAUAACGCGAGAUUCAACGGAUAUAGGAGUAGUGCGGAGGAGAUUUUUAGUGAAGUUAGAGUUGUUAGUUUUUUUUGGUAUAAACAUAGAGCGAAGAAAGGGGUUUUUGAGUGGGGAGAUUGGUGUAAAUUUGUGAGUAUGUAG